GAGGCUUCUAGUUCUUUCUUUCUACUACCCCUUAGUUUGUUCGCUCUCUCUCUCAAUGGAUGACUUCAGCACCAACAGGCACGAAACUCAGGCGGCAUCUCUGCCCACUCGCUACUCGGAUCUUUCUUUUCAAGAUGGCAAUGUCGCUGUUGUUGCUGGACUAGGCUACUUCCUCGUUCACAAAGGACUGCUAUGCCGACACUCGAUCCCGCUACAGCAAGCUACAAAGAACUUAGACUCGCGUGUUCAAAUUGAAGGACGCCCCGUUCUCUAUCUUGAUGACUCCCCGCAAGAUAUGCAAUACUUUCUCGCUGCACUUUACGAUGGACUUGGACUGCAAGUCAUCAGUGCGGUUCUCGCUGCUAAUCUAACCAUCAAUCCAGCCUGGGAAUCAAUAAUGACGUGCAGGGUUUCCCAAGAAUAGACGCACUGCUGCGGCUCACCACCAAGUAUCAAGUCAACAACAUUCGAUCUUGUCUCCUUCACGAGUUGCAGCGAACGCAUUGGCCAACGCAACUCGCUCAGUGGGAAAUUCGUGAAGCGGAAGCAACAGACCCCAACGGUCAUUACGAUGCGCGUCAAUUCUAUCCUCAUCCCAUCUCAGUCAUCAAUCUUGCCCGCAAAAUCAACGCACUCGAGCUUCUGCCUUCUGCCUUCUAUGACCUCUCCCGAUAUACCGUCAGCGAAACAGCCUCAGGCUACACCGAUGCAUGCAACAUUCACCACCGUCUGAGCCAAUCGGACUUGAUGCAUCUGCUCAGAGGUCGCGAGCAUGCUUCCCGAUUCCUCUCUACUUUCAUUGUCAACGAGCUCGAAGGCAGAUCACCUGCGGCGAACUGUGUGCAUGCGCACGGUGAAGAUGGCGCCCACCGUAGGUCCUGCCAAGCUGCGUUCGAGAAUAUUACGUUUGAGAUCUUACGCGACGUCAAUGGCGUCACACAUCGAAGCUCGGACCCUCUUUUCACCAUCGUCGAUGCCGAACUCAUGCAAACACGGGAGGACAGUCACGGCCAUUCUUCCGUCGUCAGGGCCUGCGAAUUUUGCCGAACGGAGUUUGGACACGUCGUUGACCAUGCGCGCGAGGAGUUCUGGAGCAAGCUGCCGGGAUGGUUCGGUAUAGAGCUGCCAGCGGAUGUCUGGGUAUGAGUAAAUCAUCUUCACCUACAUCUGCGUAUGUGCGUGUGUGUGUGUAACAUCCACCGUCAUCCAAGCGCGUUUCAUCAGUCCUGGUUUCCCGUUUAGCCGUUGCAUCUUGAGCACGUUAUAUCUGGACUCAUACAUGGCCACGUUGUAUGCGGGUAUCGCAGUUGCACAGGCCGUACAAGACUGUGCAAUAGGCGGGUCGCGUGGUUCACAUCUGUUCAUAACUAGGAGACGACGCGCGGUAGCCAGCGACUGAUCGCAUGGCGGGGGUGAGCCGUACGUAAGCAUCCCCCUAGCCCUGAUCGUAACCUGCUCGACCGACCUCGCAACUUUCUGGUUUCUACCACGUUCCGCUCACACCAUUGGCCGGUCAUUCAAACCUGUGUUUCACAUCUGGUCUCGGGCGAUUCUCAACAAUCCCGUAUCUCGCGUAUGCGCCAUCACCAUCAGUAUAAAACUGCGACCAUGGACGAGAUGAUUGAUUCAACAACUUUCUCCUUCUUCUCCUCGAGAUGUACGCGGCAUAUAGCGCACCGAUAGUCAAGCCGACUCUUCCAUCUAUUGGGCGCAUCUUUGAUGACGCGCCUCCCCGUGUGGCACAGCAUCCGCCGACAGCACAGCAUGCAUCCAUGUAUCAGCGGCCCUCGUUGACUCUUCCCCCGCUGGAAAACAUCAGUUCAUGGUACCCGGGCCGCCAAUACGACUUCCAGGCUUCUGCAGUCAGAGAAGACAUGUACAGAAUGACCCCAUCGCCCUACAUGAUGUCGUGUGAACGCGGCUCCCCGGACUCGGACCCUGGGCACGACGUACUGUCAUCCGCGAGCAGUUACUCGAACUCUCCUUCGCCGUAUAACUUGAGCCCCUACCGUGCGGGCAGUGCGCCUCUGAUGGGUGCAUACCGGAACACUCCAACAUAUCAUCACGGCACAAACCACCCUUUCUACGCGGCGCGGCCAGUAUCGGCAGCUGCACGUCAUCAAUGCACGUACUGCAACAAACGGUUCAAUCGGCCGAGCGGCCUCAAGAUCCACCUCACGACGCACACCGGAGACAAACCAUACGUUUGUCCUGAGGAAAGCUGUGGACGGCGGUGCUUCUCCGUUCGAAGUAACCUCCGGCGUCACAUUCGCAUUGUUCACCAAUCCACGCGCGAGGCGAGCGGAGAACCGCGUGCCCCAUGCGAAUCGCCAUCGGAAGCCUAGAAAUCGGACCCUGGCCUGAGACUUGACAUUAUUGUAUCUGCUUACUUACUUACUACUCAUCUGUUCCCACCCCUUGUAGCUCUACCCGCGUCUGUAUCCCUGGCUGGCGUCUCUUACUCUUGUAUCAAUAUCCAUCUGGUCCCCGCGCAUCGCCUGUUACAUGUCCAUCCACCAUCGUCUUGUCUCAGAAGCAUCGCGGGAUCGGCAGACGCGGUCAAGACAGCCCAAAUCUGCCCAACGGACUUUAUCAUCUUGCUUCGCCCUUGCUUCUUCGACUGGUCCUGAUUUAUGUAAAACACGUUCCUUGAGCUUGAUGCUUUUGGACCGCAAGCAGCCCAAUUGCCAGAUCGACUAAAGCGGCGCCGCGGCUCUGCAUGGGAUGGUUAGGCUAUAUGGCGGCUCCUUAGGGUUCCUUACGCCGACUAACCUCUUCGGUUCUAUCCCGCGACUGGCCUUGAAGAACUCCUGCCCUUCUCACUGCUCUUUUAUUGCUCCAGCGCUCACGCCUUGGUUUUGGAGAAUGGUCCGCAUGCAGCGUCGCGUUGCCUCCCAAGAUGUUAGCAGCGCCUCCAGGCCCGCUGCGAUCAUUUCAACAUCCCUCUCCGUUGCCUCCACUACCUCUGUUUCCACUCCUUCCCCCGCAACAACAACAUCUACCUCUAAACCUCUGCCCCCGCCUCCAGCCACGACAAUUGUGAUCACGAGCACCUUGGCCGCAUCUCCGCCACCGAUCACCUCAAGCUCGACCCAUACGCAGCAACAAGCCGCCACCACUUCUGCCAAUGCUGUUUAUACCACGGUGACCACGCAAGUGUUAACGACGAUACCAUCUCCCUCACCGAUCGAAACGCCCACGAGCACAACUGCGUCCGAUUCCUCUUUCAUUUUCUCAAGCGCCACCACCGUUCCGACCGCAAGCCCUUCCUUUGUUCCCGUCUAUGGCACAACGAGAGACGCAUCGUCUUUGCACGGAUCUUCUACCCGAUCCAGUGCUAGUGCCCGCGCCAGCAGCAGCAGCACUCCGUUGCCGAAUUCUGCUCACAAGUCGAAAUCCAACGUGGGAAAAUAUGUCGGAUAUGCUAUCGGCGGAGUAUUCCUCCUCUUGUUCAUUUCCAGUUUCAUUUCGGCCUACCGCAAGCACCGAAAGUACAUUAAGAGACGGCCGAGGGGCACGGUCUUUGCCGACAAGCUCUCAUCUGGCCAGGAAAAGCGCUCGAUAGCCCAGGCCAUCAUGCACAGUGUAUCUAACAGCUCGUUCGACGCGUACGCUCUCUGCACGACGCCACCCGCAUCCCCGACCCCUGCUUUCGUCAACGGGAGACAGCAAGUGACGCGACCGGACAUACUGCCGACCCACGUUCGGAGUAUGUCGGGAAAAGACGUCCGGCCGCUUCCGGCGACGCCCACCAAGUACGAGGACCCGAUCUUUUUCCCCCGUGCUCCCGUCGAACACUCCCGGUAUUCGCCGUUCGGUCUCUCGUCGUCGGGCAGCAGUACAAUCUGACUCGUACGUACUCAUGUUCAGCCUCGUUUCAGUACAGUAUAUCCUUGAGCUGUUAAUUUACCAUGACGUUCGUCUGUCCCCCGUGGCCUUCUCGCUUCCUUGAAACAGACAGCCGCCGCGACAUGAGAUGACAUUGUGUGCUCUAAAAGAUGCGAAAAAAGAGCUAUUUGAUAAACCCCGCUCUCUCACCCAAGUCGGUUGUGUCCGCACGCCGAGAGACUCGGCGGAGGCAGAGACUGUCCAAUUUGUGCGAUCAGGUGACCGCGAUGCUUUCGUGCCGCUGACGGACCGGGAGUCCCCGUAAGCUGCUUACCGGGGGGAGACGGAGGCUUCUUUGCACCAAACCCACAUCCAUGGCAAAGCUUGCUUCAUUCGCGUCUUGCGAGAUUUCCGACGCACUUGUCAAGCUCGGAGUUAAACAUGGUGGUUUCAUCCCCGGCAUCAGCAUGUUCUCCGCUGGAAAGAUCUGCGCCCGGGCUUACACCGUCAAAUUUGUCCUGGCAGCGGACCAAUCUGCAACCAAGUUAUCGGAGCACUUUGUGGACACGGCACCGGCUGGAUCAGUCAUCGUGAUCGAUGCACCUCAUCGUCAGCGCGCCCGCUUCUUGCCCCUUGUUCCGUUAAACGAUCUGGUUUGACCAUUUUAGAAGCUCAGAAUGCGGUGUGGGGCGGGCUGAUGUCUGCGGGAGCUAUCGCACGUUCAGCCGUCGGUGUUAUCAUAUCUGGUCGAUGCAGAGACCUCGCCGAGCAUCGGUCACUUGGAUUCCCCGUGUUUGCGAGAUCGCAUUCGACACUCGGACAGCAAACGUUUACACGGCCUUCAGCUAUCAACGAACCCCUUGUCAUCGCUCCAGGGGAGCUGUCGUUCCCGAGCGUCACUGUCGUGCCAGGGGAUUGGAUCAUCGCAGACGAAGAUGGAGUUGUUUGCGUUCCGCGGGACAUGGAAGAGGCGGUGGCAGCGAAAGCUAGUCAAGGCCGUCAGAUUGAUGCACAGUGCCUCGCGGAUAUCCAGGCUGGUAAAGGCAUACAGGCUACAUUUGCAAAGUACAGAGGAAGUAAAUAAGAAUACGAGAUCAGGUGGAGGGUGUAUGCACGAGUCCGCUUACUGCUUCCUCGAUCGGGGCUUGCUCGCCCAUCUUUCCCAGAUAUCACCGUGUCCAUCUUUCUUGGCCACUGGUGCAGACUCGGUCUGUGCUUGACGUAUCGCUUCUCGGCUCAAACAGGAGUCGAGAUGAGCGUUGAAGGCGUCGUUGCCCAGGCCUAGCUUCUUGCUACACACAGGACAGAUCAAGCACUCCUGGUCCGAUCUACAUUCUGGCUUGGCAGAAGAGUCGUUCGCGUGGGACACAGACGCAAUCACUGACUCUCGGGCAGUCGUGUCUGAAUCUUCCGAGGCCUUCCGUUUCUUGCGAGGCGAUUCCGACCCUGAAGCAGAGAAGAA